CUAUUCUAAUCUAUCAGUCGAGAAAGGAGUUGUGCUACCACAUCCUAAACAAACUCUUACCUCUCUCUCUCUCUCUCUCUCUCUCUCUCUAAUUUUGAACAAUUUGAACUCGACAAUCGUCUCUUUAACAGAGGGAAAGAAAGAGAGUCAGUUUAGUCAGUUAUCGUCAUCCCUCCCCGCUUUAUAAAAGAGAGUCUCACUCGUCUUUGAAUUCCUCCCAUCGUUCACCACAAUUGAGGUGGGCAUUUCGACGAACAUCCUGUCUACGUUUCGAAUGGGAGAGGAGGCGUCGAUCGCGGUAGUGGCGUUGGUCUUGCAGCCCCCUGGCGCGGAGGAAGUGCCGCACCUCUUCGUCCCGCCGCCCAACUUUGCCAUGGUCGGCUGCGGCCUCUACCGCUCCGGUUUCCCGGACGCCGCCAACUUCUGCUUCUUGACGACGCUCAGGCUCCGCUCCGUCUUGUGUCUUUGCCCUGAGCCCUACCCGGAGGAGAACAUGGAGUUCCUUCGGGAGAACGGGAUCAAGCUGUUCCAGUUCGGGAUCGACGGUUGUAAGGAACCGUUUGUCGACAUUCCAGAAGAGACAAUUUGCGAGGCCCUCGAGGUUGUUCUUGAUGUCCGAAACCACCCGCUCCUAAUUCAUUGCAAACGAGGAAAGCACCGAACCGGUUGCAUCGUAGGCUGCCUAAGAAAGCUUCAGCGUUGGUGCCUCACUUCCAUUUUCGACGAGUACCAUCGCUUUGCUGCUGCAAAGGCAAGGGUUUCUGAUCAAAGAUUCAUAGAGCGAUUCGACGUAACUUGCAUGAAAAUUUCAUCUGCUCCAUUUUUUAGUUAGGAAGGCCAGCAUUUCCAUCUUGGAAAAUAUGCGAGAAUAAUAAAUAACUCCAUGCUCGAGAGUGGUUUAGAGGAACCUUAUUCCAGAUAGGACCAUCCGAUGUCGGAUGCUUUUCGACCUCUAUCGCUUUAUGUCUUCAAAUUGUCAUGGUGGGCAGUUGUUUCUGUAGGCAUUUUAGGUCUUCGUGUUCGGAUUGCAAGCGGUUGGGUUUCUUUUUUGUGAAAUCGCUUGCGGUAGUCUAUGAUUUCGUCCAGAUAUCACUGCGACCUGUUGGCAUCGCCUUGUAAUCGGAUGGGAUAUAUAUAUAUAUAUAUAUAUAUAUAUAUAUAUAUAUAU